GAGUCCGGCGGAGCAGUUGGCUGCAGUUGUUGCAACUUUUUUCGAAAGCCGGGUUUCCCGGGAGAUUCCAGGCGGUGACAGAGUGAGACCAUGGCUAGAGGCAGGAAGAUGUCCAAGCCCCGCGCGGUGGAGGCGGCGGCGGCGGCGGCGGCGGUGGCAGCGACGGCCCCGGGCCCGGAGAUGGUGGAGCGGAGGGGCCCGGGGAGGCCCCGCACCGACGGGGAGAAUGUAUUUAUCGGGCAGUCAAAGAUCUAUUCCUACAUGAGCCCGAACAAAUGCUCUGGAAUGCGUUUCCCCCUUCAGGAAGAGAACUCAGUUACACAUCACGAAGUCAAAUGCCAGGGGAAACCAUUAGCCGGAAUCUACAGGAAACGAGAAGAGAAAAGAAAUGCUGGGAACGCAGUACGGAGCGCCAUGAAGUCCGAGGAACAGAAGAUCAAAGAUGCCAGGAGAGGUCCCCUGGCACCUUUUCCAAACCAAAAAUCUGAAGCAGCAGAACCUCCAAAAACUCCACCCUCGUCUUGUGAUUCCGCCAAUGCAGCUGUCGCCAAGCAAGCCCUGAAAAAGCCCAUUAAGGGCAAACAGGCCCCCCGAAAAAAGGGCCACCUCUCAGCCUCUCUCACCUCAAAGACUCAGAUGCCCCGAGUCAUCAGCAGGGAUGCCACUAUUUGUCAGUUUUUGGAUCUGGCAUGGGUGAAGCUCAGCGAUCCUAAACAGAUAGCAGUAGGGGCCGUCAGAACGGAGGGAUGUGGACUGCCUGUGUCCCAUCUAAAGGGCACAGCCUCCGAUCUGCUGUACCUGAUUUUCUAUGAAGUCAGAAGCCUGAUUUUCAAACUUGGGCAAUCUGAAGAAAGGAAAAGAAUAGAUGAAUUGAUUGAAAGUGGGAAGGAAGAAGGAAUGAAGAUUGACCUCAUCGAUGGCAAAGGCAGGGGUGUGAUUGCCACCAAGCAGUUCUCCCGGGGUGACUUUGUGGUGGAAUACCACGGGGACCUCAUUGAGAUCACCGACGCCAAGAAGCGGGAGGCUCUGUACGCACAGGACCCUUCCACGGGCUGCUACAUGUACUAUUUUCAGUAUUUGAGCAAAACCUACUGCGUGGAUGCAACUAGAGAGACAAAUCGCCUAGGAAGACUGAUCAAUCACAGCAAAGGUGGGAACUGCCAAACCAAACUGCACGACAUCGACGGUGUACCUCACCUCAUCCUCAUCGCCUCCCGAGACAUCGCAGCUGGGGAGGAGCUCCUGUAUGACUAUGGGGACCGCAGCAAGGCUUCCACUGAAGCCCACCCAUGGUUAAAGCAUUAACCGGCGGACCCUGCGCCCUCCCACCCCACCUUCCCUUCUUCAAAGGACAAAGUGCCCUCAAAGGGAAUUGAUUUUUUUUUUUUUUUUACACACUUAAUCUUAGCAGAUUACUUCAGAUGUUUUUAAAAAGUAUAUUAAGAUGCCUUUUCACUGUAGUAUUUAAAUAUCUGUUACAGGUUUCCAAGGUGGACUUGAACAGAUGGCCUUAUAUUACCAAAACUUUUAUAUUCUAGUUGUUUUUGUACUUUUUUUGCAUACAAGUCGAAUGUUUGUGCUUCCCGUGCAUGCAGUCCAAGACUCAGCACAGGUUUUAGAGGAAACAGUCAAACAUGAACUAGGAAGCCAGGCGAGUCUCCUUUCUCCAGUGGAAGAGCCGGGACCUUCCCCCUGCACCCCGACGGCCAGGGACGGGGUGCGAGGAAGACGCUGCCUCCCAAUGGCCUGGACGGGAUGUUUCCAAGCUCUUGUUCUCCUAACGUCUCAACAGGCGCUCAUUGAAGUGUAUGAAUAUUUUUAAAACGGUUUCGCAGUAAGCUAGUCUUCCCCUCUGCUUUCUUGAAAGCUUCCUGAGCCCCAGGCCCUGAGCACAGGCCAGGCUGGAUUUCCUCUUCCACAAGCUGCCGUCUUUCUGGGCACCUUGGAGCACCAGGGCACGAAAUCAAACUAGAUGUGGGCAGGGAGAGUGUUGCUUACCUGCCCUGCUGGGGCAGGGUUUCCUGAAACUGGGUUAAUUCUUUACAGAAAUGUGAACACUGAAUUUAUUUUAAAAAAAUAAAAAUUUAAAAAAAAAAUCAAAAAGAAAAAAGAUUAAAAAAAACCACAGAAAACAACUUAAAUGUAUAUAGGUCUUGAAGUGAGUGAAGUGGCUGCUUUUUUUUUUUUUUUUUUUUUUUUUUUUUUUUUUUUUUUUUUUUGUGUGGCUUUUUGUAGAAAAGAUUGAGAAUGGUACUCUAAUCAAAAAUAAAGUUUUGUAGUGGGACCAGAAAUUACUUACCUAACAUCCACCCCCAUUUCCCCGCAUCCUACUGGGGUUGAAAGUUCCAGACCUGCUGUUGAAGCCUUGUGUUUGACAGACACCUGGCGGCCCUCCUGUAAGGCCGCAGCCGUGAGCUGAGGUGUGAGCCUAGGAGCCCAGGACCCCUGACCCCAGCCACUGCUGCCAGCUUCAGAAAGGCACCCAGGUGUGCAGGGGAGCGCAUAGGGCCCAGCAGCCCCCAGGAAUCAAGGACAGGGCUAAGGUUUUCACCUUGACUCUGAGGGUAGGAGGAAUAAGUGGCUGCCUCCUCCCUCCCUUCACAGAACUGAUUCUCACUCACUGUUCCUUCAGUCCAGGAGGCCGGGGCUCAGGAGCCGUGACCUGGUGUCUCCUGCCCACCCUGGUCCCAGGUAAAUGUGAAUGGAGACAGGUAUGAAAGCCUGUCCUCAUCUUUGAUUCCCCCCAACCCUGCCCCAGGCCUCACGACGGUGCUACCUAAGAAAGUCUUCCCUCCCACCCCCUCACUAGCCUGGUCAUUGGUCAGCGAAUUGGAUGAGGAUCCGACAGGAGUGUAAAUGUGAGAUACAAUGUCUUGAUUGUACCUGUUUGUGGUUUAGCUUUGUAUUUAAACAAACAAGGAAAUAAACUUGAAAAUUAUUUGUCAUCAUAAAAAUGAAGCAAAAAUUAAAAUAUUUAUUGCCAGGCAA